ACAUCACUUACGGACACCCGAACCGGAAACACAACACGCCUCACAUUUCUUCGGCGCCACAACAGAACCUUCUAGUGCCGCCGUCACUUUAAAAGCACUUCCUGGUCCAGCAUCUCUGGCGUGGAGAUGUCGGGUCCGCUCCUUUAGUCCCGGUACCGCUCGUAUAAACACCGGAACCCGAAGAGGAAGGGCCGCCGGUACCGGACGAGCAUGGGCAGACUGCGGAGGAGAGCGUGCGUGGGGCUCUUUCUCUUCGCUCUCUUCAUCUUCGGAACCAUGAUGGGACUCAGAACCCUCAAGACCGGCGACGGUUUAUCAGAUCUGAUUCCGAAUCUGGAGCUCCCCGGGAAGCUGGACCGGCGCUCGGUGUCUUCGUCGUCCUCCUCCUCGCCGGGUCACCACGACACCAAAUCCGCUUUGCCGAACUCCGGUCCGGAGGGAGCCAUCUUCGACGACGUGCACAUCUUCUACUACGUGUGGUACGGAACCCCGCAAGUGGACGGCAAGUUCGUGCACUGGGACCACGUCCUGGUGCCGCACUGGGACCCGAAGAUCGCAUCCAGCUACCCGAGGGGGAGACACCUGCCUCCCGAGGACAUCGGCUCCAGUUUCUACCCCGAACUUGGAGCCUACAGUUCCAGGGACCCGGACGUGCUGGAGUCCCACAUGGAGCAGAUAGCGGCUUCUGCUGCAGGGGUUCUGGUCCUGUCCUGGUAUCCUCCCGGCCUUGCCGACGACAACGGGGAGCCCACUGAGGAUUUUGUACCCGCCAUACUGGACGCCGCCUAUCGGCACAACCUCAAGGUUGCCUUCCACAUCCAACCCUACAGAGGACGGAACGACCAAAGUGUGCACGACAACAUCAAGUACAUCAUUGACAGGUAUGGCGACCAUGCAGCCUUCUACAGGUUCACCUCCAGCACGGGAAAUAGGCUUCCUCUGUUCUACAUCUACGACUCGUACCUGACCCCCGCGGAGUCUUGGUCCGAACUUUUGGUGCCCACGGGCUCCCACAGCCUGCGGGGCUCCGCCUACGACGCCAUCUUCAUCGCUCUGAUUGUGGAAGAGCGCCACAAGCAGGACAUCCUGGUGGGCGGCUUCGACGGCAUGUACACGUACUUCGCCUCCAACGGCUUCUCCUUCGGUUCCUCCCACCAGAACUGGAAGGCCGUUAAGAGUUUCUGCGACGACAACAAUCUCCUCUUCAUCCCCAGCGUGGGACCGGGCUACGUAGACACCAGCAUUCGCCCGUGGAACAGCCACAGCACCCGCAACCGGGUCAACGGGCGCUACUACGAGACGGCCCUGCAGGCGGCGCUUAGCGUGCGGCCCGAGAUGGUCACCAUCACGUCCUUUAACGAGUGGCAUGAGGGGACGCAGAUUGAGAAGGCGGUGCCUAAGAAAACCGCCACCAGGGUCUACUUGGACUAUCAGCCGCACGGACCUGAACACUACCUGGAGCUAACGCGACGCUGGGCUGAGCACUUCAACAAGGAGAAGGAGCAGUGGCUCAUGUGAGCUUUCUACCAACACAUCGGCAUCAAACAACGCACUUUAAUGGACGUCCAUAGCCCCUUUCAGACGUCCGAGCUUUUCCCCGUGUUAUUGUUCAGGAAGGGCGAGACUACUUUGACCUGGCAACUGCACCUUCUGAUGUAUCGCGGUCGUAACAGCCAGGACGGCAACAAAGUAUCAGGGUUUUAUUCCCCCACACAGGGACUGGAGUGCGACGUUUAGCACGUUUUGCAGCAAGCAAAUGUCCCAUCAAAUAUCUCAUACGUCUCACCAGACCGUGGAACCGUCUAAACGACUGAUUAUGGGGAUGCCUUGUCACUGUUUUAAGCCCAGACAGUCGCAGUAAUUUGCAGCCUUCGCUAGGUUCUGUGAAAAAGACCCAGGCAGGUAAACGGCAGAUCAACUGCGAUGCUUUGAUCCGUCUUUUUUUGGGCGUGAAGAGGCCAGUAUAGGAAAGAGUGACGGACCUUGUUGGUACCCUUCGAGUCGUUGGUGGAAAAACUAAGCACAAUAAUAAUCUAGAGCAUCAUAAUCCGUCACCACUGCUGUGUCCUCCACAAGAAAGUCUUGAACUCAACUGAUGUUACGUGACUGAUUGAUUGAGACUUUUAUUAGUAGAUUGCACAGUUCAGUACAUAUUCCGUACAAUUGACCACUAAAUGGUAACACCCCAAUAAGUUUUUCAACGUGUUUAAGUCCACGUUAAUCAAUUUGUGAGCGUCGACCAAAACCGUUGUCAACCCUCGUUAAAUUAAAGGCCUACUGAAAUGAAUUUUUUAUAUUUAAACAGGGAUAGCAGAUCCAUUCUAUGUGUCAUACUUGAUCAAUUCGCGAUAUUGCCAUAUUUUUGCUGAAAGGAUUUAGUAGAGAACAUCGACGAUAAAGUUGCAACUUUUGGUCGCUGAUAAAAAAAGCCUUGCCUGUACCGGAAGUAGCGUGACGUCAACAGUUGAAAGGCUCCUCACAUUUUCCUAUUGUUUUCAAUGCAGCUGGAGCGAUUCGGACCGAGAAAGCGACGUUUACCCCAUUAAUUUGAGCGAGGAUGAAAGAUUCGUGGAUGAGGAACGUUAGAGUGAAGGACUAGAAUGCAGUGCAAGAACGCGAAAUGGACAUUCACAGUGACUUUUAUCUCCACGACAAUACAUCGGCGAAGCUCUUUAGCUACUGAGCUAACGUGAUAGCAUAUAACUGCAUAUAGAAACAAAAUAAAUAAAUCCCUGACUGGAAGGAUAGACAGAAGAUCAACAAUACUACUAAACCAUGGACAUGUAACUACACGGUUAAUGCUUUCCAGCCUGGCGAAGCUUAACAAUGCUGUUGCUAACGACGCCAUUGAAGCUAACUUAGCAACCGGACCUCACAGAGCUAUGCUAAAAACAUUAGCUAUCCACCUAUGCCAGCCAGCCCUCAUCUGCUCAUCAACACCCGUGCUCACCUGCGUUCCAACGAUCGACGGUGCGACGAAGGACUUCACCCGAUCACAGAUGCGGUCGGCGAGAUGGAGGAAGUUAAGGCGAGUUCGGCGGCUAGCGGGUCUGCUAUCCAUCUCUGUCCUCCUGGCUGUGUUGCUGCAGCCAGCCGCUAAUACACCGAUCCCACCUACAACUUUCUUCUUUGCAGUCUCCAUUGUUCAUUAAACAAAUUGCAAAAGAUUCACCAACACAGAUGUCCAGAAUACUGUGGAAUUUUGAAAUGAAAACAGAGCUUUUUUGUAUUGGAUACAAUGGUGUCCGCAUACUUCCGUAUCAACCAUUGACGUCACGCGCAUACGUCAUCAUACAUAGACGUUUUCAACCGGAAGUUUAGCGGGAAAUGUAAAAUGUCACUUUAUAAGUUAACCCGGCCGUAUUGGCAUGUGUUGCAAUGUUAAGAUGUCAUCAUUGAUAUAUAAACUAUCAGACUGCGUGGUCGCUAGUAGUGGCUUUCAGUAGGCCUUUAAACGCUCUCGUCUUCGGCGUAUUUUUUGGUUGUUACAUCUCCACCCAAACGUCGUAACGCUAGGUAGAUACGUGUUUGCAUUUUGAAGGUUUAAGCUUGAAGAUCAUAGCUGUGUUAGUGCUUGGGAACAGACGGUGGACCGUUCCGAUUUGUAUACCGUAUUUUUCGGAGUAUAAGUCGCUCCGGCCGAAAAUGCAUAAUAAAGAAGGAGAAAAACAUAUAUAAGUCGCACUGGAGUAUAAGUCACAUUUUUUGGGGAAAUAUAUUUGAUAAAAGCCAACACCAACAAUAGACAUUUGAAAGGCAAUUUAAAAUGUGUAAAGAAUAGUGAACAACAGGCUGAAUAAGUGUACGUUAUAUGAGGCAUAAAUAACCAACUGGUAUGUUAACGUAACAUAUUAUGGUAAGAGUCAUUCAAAUAACUAUAACAUAUAGAACAUGCUAUACGUUUACCAAACAAUCUGUCACUCCUAAUCGCUAAAUCCCAUGAAAUCUUAUACGUCUAGUCUCUUACGUCAAUAAUAUUAUUGGAUAUUUUACGCUAAUGUGUUCAUCAUUUCACACAUAAGUCGCUCCUGAGUGUAAGUCACAUCCCCGGCCAAACUAUGAAAAAAACUGUGAUUUGUAGUCCGAAAAAUACGGUAGUAGAAACAUAAAAAGGUUAAAAAAAAAAAACAAUUGUAAUUUUGGCAUAUUUCUGCUAACUA